AGGAUGCCAAUCCAAUUAACAAUCUGCAAAGAGAGGAUAGGAUAGAAAUUAUACUGGCGAGGUCCGAUUCCCAAACAGGUAAUUUACCAUGCCAGUAUGUAUAAGGCGAUCGAGUUAAGUACCGUCGGGCGUGCGUGUGUAACAGCUUGAAACAAGCUCAUCCUGAAUCUUUUUGUUGGACCUUGCGCAUAAAAGUCAUAAAGCCUAAAAGCGCUGGUUCGGUAUGUUCAUGUGAUUCUUAUGUAUGUCCGUGCACUUCUUAACUAUAAGGGCACUUUCAAGUUGCAAAACAGGAGGAAUUACACCGGACGCUGGAUCGUUCCUCAUAGUAAAAACCUUGUAUCGCCCUUCCAUCCUUUUGACUGUUCAACUAUCAUCAUGCAUAUGGUCCAGCUUCAUCUAUUCUCUACCUUCCUUCUCCUUUCAACUGUCCUCGGGAUCGCGGCCACCCCUCCUAUCCGCAGAAGCUCUUCAGCAGCGGAUACCAUACUGAGUCGAGCAGACACCAAAGACAGUGUCAUACAAAUCAUAUUUCGGCGUUCAAACUUUCAAGCUCCUGACGGCCGUUCUAAGGCUACAGAGACAAUCAAACACUACGCUAGUGAUGCACCAUGGAGUACCGACCAAGAUUGGAUUAUAUACCUCGGUACCCACGAUGGAUACUAUGCAGUCCCUGAUUCGACAGCGGAGCAUGGGUUUACCAAUACCAAAAUAUCUGCAUCAAGAUCGAAACAUUUUGGUGUAAAACGUCGUAUAAUCAUCGGCACGUCCAGGAGUCUUGUUGACAAGCGAGAUAUGGCGCAGGCUUCCCUUUAUAUUUCUCGGAUGAAGCCUACCGGGAAAGCUGAUCUCGUCGAAAUUGCGAUCAACUACCUGAGGGUACACUGGAACUUGCAACAAACGGAUGAGGAGAAAAAGAAUUGGGCAGAAAUACGGAAGAAGAUGAAGGAAGCAGAGGACGCUGCUACGGAGGAAGCCGCUAGAGCAGUAAAAGCUACUGGACCAGAGGAAGUUGCAGCUGCUGAGGCCCUGAUGAGCAUGAAGAAGAAGGAAUAGUCAGUACAGGACUUGGAACAUCUUUAUAUCUAUCUAUCGUUGUUCUCC